GCGCGCUACACGUACACUAAAGCAAACUGCGCACGCUCAGAAUCUUGCAGAGUGGUUGUGUUUGUCUUCGUCUCGGGCUUUGAUUGCAAGUAUGAGUUCAAUUGGAACUGGGUAUGACUUGUCAGCGUCUCAAUUUUCACCAGACGGUAGAGUCUUUCAAGUAGAAUACGCCAAGAAAGCAGUAGACGCCAGCAGCAACGCGAUUGCUGUGAAGGGAAAGGACGGCGUUGUGAUUGGCGUAGAAAAGCCCGUGAUAUCAAAACUUCACGAGCCAACAUCGAACAGACGAAUAAUGAAUAUUGACCGUCACAUUGGAAUGACGAUGGCUGGGAAGCUUGCUGAUGCUCGCAAGAUUGCAACUGUUGCUAGGGAUGAGUGUUCUAACUACAGGGCUCGAUUUGGUGGUCCAAUUCCAUUGAAGUUGUUGGCAGAAAGAGUCUCUCUCUUUAUGCAUGCAUAUACAUGCUAUGCUGCAGUUCGACCGUUUGGCUGCAGCAUUAUUCUAAGUUCAUAUGAAAGUGAUGGUCCUCACCUGUACAUGAUAGAACCGUCAGGAGUGUCAUGGGGAUAUUAUGGAUGUGCUGUUGGCAAGGCAAGGCAAAAUGCAAAGACAGAAUUAGAGAAAUUAAAGCACCAAGAGCUAACGUGUGAAGAGCUGGUGAAAGAAGUCACAAGAAUAAUCCAUAUUGCUCAUGACGAAGUGAAAGACAAGGAUUUUAUCUUAGAACUGAGCUGGGUUGGAGAAGUAACUGGUGGGAAACACGAGUUUGUGCCACUUGAAAGAGUUGCUGAAGCUGAGAAACAGGCAAAGGCUGCAAUGGAGGAGUCAUCAGGCUCUGAAGACGACGAGGAUCUCUAACUGCCAUGUCUAUAGGUGUUUUAUUACAAUAACUAUGCUAUAGAAUGCAUUGACUGAGACAGUAGAAUUAGUAAGGCAAGUAAUACUCAUAAAGGGAUCUAUCGGUUGUCUGACAUGUAGAUACAUGUACGAUCCGGUCAUCCAUCUUGUUCAUUGGUGUGUGUUGCUGGCAUUUUAUGAACAAGUUGAGUGAUUUUA